CCCGAAUUGUAUUAUUAUUACUACUACUAUUACUUCAAUCAACAACAGCAACAACAAAAAUAUCAUUACAAUAAUUAUGCUUAUCAUCCUUAUACCCAGCAAUACAACCAGUGCCAACGCUCAUCUUAUCCUGGGAACCCAGAUAACAGUCAGUCUAUGCUCCCCUCGUUCUCUUCUUGUACGACUUCUCCGCCGCCUGCUACGUUUUUGGAAUCAAUAUUUCCCCUUCCUCUUCAGUCAUUUACGCCAAUGCCUACUAAUGAUAAUCACGUUGACAAUAGUUCUUCAGAGACAACCAAAUCAGUUCCCCGGCAAUUCUUCAACUGGCCAUCGUUUUUACAAUCUCAGCUUCCUUCCGUAAAAUCGCAAAUAGCUCCUUCAGCAAGAGCAAGAGCACAUACGGUCGAGCCAUAUGUAUCAAACAGUAGCAAUAAUCAAAAGCUUAUUUACGAUAGAGGCAUGUCUGCCAACCCGACUGCAACGGCCGUUAAGCAACUGCAGCAGUCUGCAGGGUGUAAUAUAGAAACUACCACUAAUACAGUCAACGUAACAUCAGGUAUACACGCUCUUUAUGCAUCUAGUGAACAACAACAACAUGACGAGAAUUUUACAGAUUUAUUGUUGACCCAAAAACUUUCUUCUGUGUCACCUACAUCGCCUUUCUCCAUUGCAUUAAUUCAGCAACAACAACAGUUUGAUACAUUAUCAGUCUAUAAUAAUGAAGGCAACAAUAAUAGUAAAGCUUUAGAUACCCUGCUUCAUUAUUCUGAUCUGCAAAGGGAGUCUCAGCCAUUAAGUUGCUGGUCUAAUCUAUCAUUCUAUAACGACGAAUAUAGCAACCUUACAUUGACUCCUACCACACCACCCUUUGGAAAUAAUGAUAGCAAACUCGCCAUGUCCAAGUCCGCAUUCACUUAUCCUUUUGAUAAAUUGGCAGAGCUUCAAUAUUCUUCUUUUUCGGCCGAAAUACUUCAUAUUGGUACAUGGAAAAGGAUGACCUUCCAAACAGGGGAUCUUCUUUGCCAGUUUAAUAAAAAAACAGAACUUUUCACCUGGCGUAUUCGAGAUGGUCCGUGCUACUUCAAAAUGGAAUUCCCACAAAGCAUUUUGCAAUCUAUUUCCUUACAAUUGUUGAACGAAAGAGCAGGGUGGGCUCGGCUUGAAGUGACUUUAACAUCAACUGAUAGCAUCUCUUUCUAUAUGGAAAAAAAAGUAGCAACUGGCGGCGUCAGUAAUAAUCCUGCCGACGCAAAUGAAGAUAGUACCAGUGUUGACCAGAGCGCUACCGCUACUGCAACAAACAUUUGGGUUCAAUGCAUAGAUUAUACGGAAGAUAAACAAGCUUCCCUAAUUAAUAUACAUCAAUUAGACGGUCCUGCGCUCGCAUUGAAAAGUGAACUCGCUUUAUUAGCGGAAGAAAGUGAAUAUGUCGCUUCACUUCUAAUCAAAGAAUAAACUGUUAUUGUAAUUGAUUGGUUCUCUUCAAAAUAUCUGCAUUUAUAUAGUAAAAGCGCUAUAGUUAUGUUUACUAUCGACAAACUUGUAGCAGAACGAUGACGAGCCUUUAAUCGCGCCAAGUGUAUCGUUCGCCAUGCUAAAAUCUGCUGUUGUUGAAUCUAAUUCAACAUCAGCAAAAAGUUCAAAGGUUUUAGGGAAGGGCAUCAAUUAAAGAUCAACCUUUUGAUCGAUCGUCAAAUUACAC